UUUGCUGUGAUGUAUGUGAUCAGGGCCACAGAGGUUCUAUUUGAAGGCUGGACUUUGUUUUAGUCCUUAAUACUAGGAUGGCAGUACAAAACAUCUCUGCGGGUUUGCAAACCCUUUCAGUGCUGAAUGCUGGAAAUCCUUUCUUUCCCUCGAUGCUAUGCCAAACAAGGGUACUUCAAAAGACACAGUAAAAAAAGAAACCUAGGCGUAGGGUAGAAAGAAAGAACUGAACUGGUGCAAGAAAAGGAGAAGAAGUAUAUUCACAAUGUCAGUCCUUGCAAAAUGUAGUCACAGAAGGGGAAUCCUCUAUUCUGCUAAGGCAUAAUGAAGAUCCUGCUGUUCUGUAUUAUUUCAUUUCUUCUAUGGACAUGCUGCACAUUCCAACACGUGUGCACACCUGACAUUGAUUUUGGAGUAAUCAUAGAGAAUAAAAGAGCUCAAUAUCUGGAACGUGACCGGUUACAGUACAAGUGCUUCCCUGGGUAUGACUUGGAAGGGUCUGGCUGGAUAACAUGUAAGGAAGAUGGAUGGACCCCUCGCCCAAAGUGUUUUGCACCCUGCACUAUCACAAAACAACAGCUGGAAGCCAGAAACCUGCUUUUGUACGGUGGGCAAAAACAUUCAGAAUUGAUUAAAAAUGCACAUACAUUGGAAUUCAUAUGCAUGAAAGGAUACAUAAUAAUCUCUCCUUCUGUGAGAACGUGCAUUGAUGGGAACAUGGAUCUGCCAUCCUGUAACCCUGUUGUGUCUGACCAAGAGACUUCCGUCACUGGUGACAUCCCUGCUGGUGCCACCACUUCCAAGAAUCUGCUGCUGCUAGCAUCAGAUCUCUCCACACCAGUGAUGUGCACUGCCCCAGAAAUAGGUGGCGGCAACUUCUUUCCUGUAAAGAGUCAGUACAAAUUUGAGGAAGUGAUCUCUGCUAAAUGUAAUCAGGGAUAUCAGCUGGAAAGCCGCAAGAGCUCUUUUAAAUGUACAAAGUAUGGCUGGUUACCAUCUCCAAAGUGUGUACCAAAGCAAUGUGAUUAUCCCCAUAUAGAGAAUGGAGCACUAUCUUGGUCUAACACAUACUACAGUGACGUCUAUUUUCCAAAAAAGGAGGGACAGACAAUUAGUUUCAGAUGCAAGCACGGCUUUCUGCCAGAAAAUAAAAAGUACUGGUAUAGAAUUAGAUGCACCAGUUUGGGCUGGGAUCCAGAACCGAAAUGUUUCAGACUGUGCACCCCUCCUAAACACUUGCCACAUGGUGAAGUAAUUUACGACUCUAAGAAUAACUUCAUCGAGGGUGAUAACGUUUCGUUUCGUUGUGAUGCAGGAUAUCGACCUGAAAAUCAAGCAACGGCCACAUGUACAAAAAAUGACUGGUCGCCUACUCCAAGCUGUUCCUCCCUGUCUGCAUCCAGAUUUGAGAGAAGACUUCAGUAGGUCAACCUCACCAGCGCCUGGAGAUUAAUGUAUAUAUGCUAUUUAUUUUUAUAUGAUUUGAAUUCUUUCUUAAUUUUAUCGUUAUGGAUGUUGUUUGUUUGUAUUCAUGCUGUUAGCUGCCUUGUGUAGAAAGUCACAGUACAAAUAAAUUAUUUUUUUUAAUAUAAAAAAUAGCAAGAUUUUAUAUCUGUAAUAACUCCACCCUUUAUUAUACAUAUGUCACAAUGUUGUGAACUGAAACAUUUAUUUAACAGGGGCUAGGGCUAUAGCACUCCUCCAUCAGGGACCCUUGGAGGGUAACUCUAUUUGAUGUAGGUCAUAGGGCCCUCCGAGUGGUGAUUUACCCUUAGAUGGACUCCCAGCAGAUGGGUUGGAGAGAUAUAAUUUGGCUUCACCCAAUGCCUAUGCCAAACAAUUCACAUCUGUAACCAAUAAAGUUGUGGCCUAUUUGA